AGCAGGCUGAAGCACAGGCAGCACUGUAGCGCUGUGUAUGGCAGCUUAGAACUCGUGCGAAUCUCAUAUUACAGCCAUGCACCGCCGACGCAUCCUUCUCUGCUACUACGCGGCCGCAGCGAGCGCCCUUCAGUACGCCCACCCCAGGCCCUCACCACGCACGCGACGGCGCAGCAGUGAACAAACCGAUCCCGUGCUAGAAGUCGAGCGCCUGGAAAACGCCAUCGCCGCGUCCACCGAGCCCAACGAGCAAAAAGAACUGGCCGAGAAGCUCGGGAUGUCGCGGAUGUCGGCCGAGAUGUCCGUGCUGAGCGCGAACGCGGCCUUCUACGACGCCUUCCAGUCUUGCGACGUCGCGAAGAUGAAGGCGGUCUGGAGCGACAGCGACGACGUCACGUGUGUACAUCCGGGCCACCCGCUGAUUUCGGGCGCCGAUUUGGUCUUGAACAGCUGGCGCGCGCUCUUCUCGAGCGCCGGCGGCAUGCCGAAGCUCGAGGCACAGCGGCAGCGCGUGGUCCUGUGCUGUGUGGAAAUCAACCAGUGCGUCGGGUGCACCCGACAAUUCUUCACUAAGUCAUUUCUCGGCGAUGACGCGGCCGUCUUGGCUCGCUCGAGCGGCGAGGAACCGGCAUUGCCAUCGAGCAGGCGUCGCGUCGAUGGCGUGGAGGACGGUGCGAUGAUUCAGCACGAACAAGCCGUAAAAUUUUGAUUUCCACGCAGGUCCUGCGCGGCUCGGCGGCCUGGGUCACGUGCAACGAGGCGCCCGAGGGCGAGCCGUCGGCGCUCGAGGCCAUCAACGUGUUUGAAAGAAGGGACGGGCGGUGGUACAUGGUCCACCACCAGGCCGGCCCCGUCUUCGUCCAGCAGCCGCCCCAAUAGCCGCGCGCCGCGGCGUCCUCGUUUUCUCGUCACACCGUUCGUUGAUGUCUAUUCAUACUGAAAAACCGAAUCCACGCCUGUCGACAAAACCUGUCACUACCCCUGAGAACGCCCACCUCGUCGUCGUUGC